CUACUAAAAGAUAAGCGGAAAGGGCACCGUAUAAAAUAUUACAGUUGUAUCUCGCGGGGAAAGGAGAGAAAAUUCAGGUGCAAAUGCCUAAAAAACACACAAAAUUAAAGAAUUGAUUACUUAAUAAAAUAACCCAAAACCAAAACCAAAACCGAAAGCCAAAAGGACAAAACCCCACAAACACACAGUCCUCAAGUCCCACUCCGACUACUCUCCCCUCUCCUCGCAAGAAAAGUAAAGUUCUUCCGUCUGUUCUAUUCUUUUUCUUUUUUAUUUUGUUUUUUGCCUACUCUUUAACCUCGAACUCCCACAUUUUCUGAUCUUUAUUUCUUCAAUAAUGGAUCGUCUUCUUCUCUCUGCCUCCUUCCUUUCUCUCCUCUUACUCUCUUUCCUCUCAGAAGUGAACCCAGCUUCUUUCGAGAUCGUCAACAAGUGUCGCCACACUAUAUGGCCCGGCUUUUUAUCCGGCGCCAACAGGGCUCAGCUUCCCACUACCGGCUUCGUUCUUAAUACGGGCAAAUCCAGAACCGUGACAAUACCCAUGUCCUGGUCCGGCCGACUAUGGGGUCGAACCCUUUGCGGCCUCGACUCCUCCGGUAAAUUCGUUUGCCUAAGCGGCGACUGCGGCUCCGGUCAAAUUGAGUGUUCCGGAAGUGGCGCCAAGCCGCCUGCUACUCUCGCAGAAUUCACAUUAAACGGUGACGGAGGAUUAGAUUUUUACGACAUCAGCUUAGUCGACGGCUACAAUUUGCCGAUGUUGGUCGUGGCAAAGGGAGGAAAAGGUGGGAAUUGUAGCGCCACGGGUUGCUUAUUGGACCUUAACGGAGCGUGUCCUUCGGAGUUACGUGUGGCGCGUCAGAGUGGUGGAGGGGGCAUUGGGUGUAGGAGCGCGUGUGAAGCUUUCGGGGAUCCUCAGUAUUGUUGCAGCGGGGCGUUCGGAACGCCUGACGUGUGUCGGCCAUCGACCUACUCGUUGUUUUUCAAACAUGCCUGCCCACGCGCGUAUAGCUACGCGUAUGACGAUGUUACGAGUACAUACACGUGUGCUGGUGCUGAUUACGUCAUCAUAUUUUGCCCGCCUCCUUAUACCAGCCAAAAAGUGUUUGGGGCAAGGAAAGAUGGAGCACUGCUACCACUUGUGAAUAAGAGUAUGAUAUACCUAUCAAGCCUGAAUAGAAAUGGAGCUUCAUUAUCAGGUCUGCUCCAAGUGCAAUUUACUGCCCGUGCAGCCCCUACUAUUAUGGCUCUUUUCCUCAUUUGGCAACUUAUUUUACCUUUGUGACUAACACUAGCCUGGACACUUCCAGUCAAGUAGUAGCAAGAUCUAGCUGAAGAGAGUGCGUGCCGUCCUGUGAGUUGCUGUACCAGUUUCUCUGCCUCGCCCAAUGGUUGUCACUGGAUUAGGAAGACAGGCAAUGUAAAAAGCAGAUUGCCUACAGCUAUUGGGAUUUCACGAUUGCCGCAAGAAAUAUUGUACAUAGCUAUCUCUCUGUACCUAUUUUUUUGAUCUACUAUACACAAGGGUUUUAAAUUUUUACUGAAAGUCUAAUACAUGUAAGUUCUGGCAAGGUUGAAAUUCUGAGUUUAAGAAAUCUUUUAUUUUUUGUUUCA